UCGAUUUUGUGCUAUAAAUGGAUCAAAAGAAAGGGAGGACAAAGAGGAGUUCAGGCAAAGAAUAAAAAUGUCUGACCAACUUUAUUCCUCUCUCCUCUCUCUCCUCCCUCGUGAUUAUGUUGAGGGGGAAUCCUCAGUAUGUGACAAUAUAGAAGAGGCAACAAAUUACAUCAAAGAUUUGGAGAAAAAUGUUAAGGAACUUCAACAUAAGAGAGAAAAGCUUGAGAAAUUUUUAUCUAAUCAAAUGCCAAAUGAUGUUGGACCAUCUUCAACCGUCAUUAGUAGUAUUAAUCCUUCUUCUAAUGAGAAUUAUGUGAAGAUUAAGGCUUCGUCGAAUGAGUUAGAGAUCGAAAUUAAUGUCACGGCUAAAGAGGGGGAAGUAUUUCCUUUAUCAAAUGUGUUCAAAGUGUUACAACUUGAACAAGGCCUUAAUGUUGUUGAUUGUGCCUACUCUAAAGUUAACCAAAGAAUGGUGUACGUCAUUCAUUGUCAGGUUGAUGAUAGGAAGUUGGUUGAUUCUUCUAGCUUACAGAAGAGGUUGAUCAAUGAAAUUUCAUCAUAUGCUUCAUAAUAUUUCUCAAUAUAGUUUUUGCAUAUAACCUUUUCCUAUAAUGCCCCACUUUUUUUUUUCUUUUUCUUCUUUUUUUGUGAAGAGAAGAUAGUUCGGACAUUUUAUUAAAUUAAAUCAAUUUCCGACGAAGCAAAUGUACUUUUUGGAAAGCACUAUUACAAAUGUACUCACACUUACUACAUGUAUCCCACCCAUAAUGCCCCACUUAUUCCAAUUUAUGUUUUUAUGUCAAUUUAUGUUUAUUUCCAAGUGAUAUUUUCACACAA